AGGAUCAUUGUAGUCGAUGAGAAAGUGUCGCCAGCUGCACUCUGAAAAAUGGAAUGAGCGGAGCCAUGAUCGCAGUCUGGGACAGAUCCUCCCGGAAGUGAAAGUAGGGGCGCCCGGCUUCUGUGAAUCGAUUCCCCAACACCUCUGCAGCGGCACCUGAAAAAGCUCGGGGUUCGAAUUCGCCGGACAUAAAAAGAUAGCCAUAGCCGCGAACGAAUGAGAAUGGCGUCUGAAGGUGGCGAUCGAGACGUUGACUGUUCCAAUGCGUGCAGAGGUGUAUGGCUUGUCAAGGUUCCGAAGUACAUCGCAGAAAAAUGGAAGAAGGCCGCUCCCUUAAGCGAGGCGGGGCGUAUAAAAAUCUCGAGACAACCUAACGGAACAAACGACAUCACGUUCAAGCUCUCCAACGUUGCCGAAGAAGAAAAAAUUCCCACCGACCAUAAAUUUGUCAUCUCCAAUAUUCAACAGCAAAGUCUCGCAGUCUAUUCGCAGCCCAAAGCUGUGAAUGAAGACGGUAUCGAAUGCGGUCAAGGAAAGAUCUGCUUAGAGGGCUCAAUCGUACAGAAAGGUGAAUGCCGUCCCAUUGGGAACGACAUUCAUUACAUGGACCUAAAGCGUCGGAAAAUCAUGGAAGCGAGCCAACCGAAAAGAGCUGCGAUUGGUCUCGAAAGAGUCGUGCAGAAUUUCAAACCUGUAGCUCGACACGUGCAUCAAGUCGAAUACGAAGCCCGGAAAAAGAACGAAGGCAAGAAAGCUCGUGGCGACCGCGACCAGGUUCUCGAAAUGCUUUUCGCAGCAUUCGAAAAGCAUCAGUACUACAAUAUAAAGGAUCUCGAAAGAAUUACGAAGCAACCAGCACCCUUCCUCAAGGAGCUUUUGAAAGAAGUUUGUAAUUACAAUGUAAAGAACCCUCACCGGAAUAUGUGGGAGCUCAAACCGGAGUACAGACAUUAUAAAAAAGAAGGGGAGGAGAAAGCUGCGACAGCAGCAUCUUCGUCAUCCGAGAACAAGGAAUGAUCAUCAUUGAAUAAAGCGUUGUUUCUUACGUAAAGAAACCUGU